AUUUCUUGAUUACUCUUCCACAAAAAUGUUGAACCGUAACCGAAACGUUAACAAGCAAAACGGUCAUCAGAAACAAAAUGGAGCUCAAAAGUCAGAACUUCGAGGAAAAAAUGCACCACCAUAUCUUGAAAGGGAAACUUGUCUGGGGAGAAACGAUAUUUUUGUCGUUGAAAAAAUGAUUGCUGGUGGAGGAUUUGGACAAGUAUAUAGAGCAAGAAAUACUGAAACUCAAGAAGAAGUGGCUGUCAAAGUGGAGCGAGCAACAACAAAUGACUCUCAGAGAAUGAUUUUGGAAUCAAAAGUUUUGGAUGAUAUGCUCGGUUCAAAGCAUUUUCCAAAUGUCUAUUACAUUGGACCAUAUCACUCGUACAACUUUAUUGUGAUGCAAAUGCUUGGAAAGAAUAUUGGAGAUAUUCGAAAAAUGAUGCCAAACAAAAAGAUUUCAAUCUUAUCUUCUGUUCGAAUUGGCAUUCAAAUCAUUGAAGCUCUAUCUUUGCUUCAUUCAAAAGGAUGGCUUCAUCGUGAUUUGAAACCAACUAACUGUUGCCUGGGACUUGAUGAAAAACGGAAGACGGUUUAUCUCGUUGAUUUUGGAAUGUCCCGAAAGUUUCGUAAUGAUAAUGGAAGUCUCCGUGAAAGUAGAACAUAUUGUGGAUUCAGAGGAACUACUCGUUAUUGUUCGUAUAGAAUGCAUGACCGCCGGGAGCAGGGACCAGUUGAUGAUUUAUGGUGUCUUUAUUAUUCGUUGGGUGAAUUGAUUGAAGGAUGUUUGCCAUGGAGAGAUAUCGAAUCAGCUGAUGAGAUGGCUCAUGUUAAGAAGAUUUUGAAACAUGAGGACAUAUUUCAUUCAAUGCCAUCAAAAUUCGCAAGUUUUGGAAGAAACCUUCGUCGUCUUCGUCCAGCCAACACUCCGGAUUAUACCAAAUUCCAGAAUAUUUUGGCCUACUGUGUGAAAUUUGUAGACGAUAAUGCUGAGUUUGAAUGGGAUGUAAUGGAUUACUAGGAAAGAUACUGACUUGAAUAAAAUGUUUAUAGAGAUUUC